AUGGAGCGAACUUUUCGCCUCCACUGUCGUGCGUUCCAGGUUAUCCAACACCUUUCACCCAAGCCCGUUGCUGAAUCCUCUUCAUCCAAAGAAACCGAAAAAGACAAAGACAAGUCCGCUAAACCCGUCGAUGACGCGUGGGAUCGACUGGAUGCUAUCGUUUUGCAAUGGAUUUAUGCAACCAUAUCUAGCGAUCUCUUACACACCAUUCUGAAACCCAAUGCUACGGCUCAUGAAGCAUGGGUGGCGCUCGAAAAUAUCUUACAGGAUAAUAAAAGUUCACGGGCUAUUCAUCUUCUUCACAAGUUCUCUAACACGCGUCUUAGCGGUUUUCCAAACGUCUCGGCUUACUGUUAG